AUUGACAUCCUAGCAUUUCCCAUGUACCUGCUGAACUUUAUGGGCUUGUAGAACUGGAUAUGCAGAAAUGGUUCCCCUACUUCUUGGUGAGGUUCAUUGUGAUGUACAAAGAACAGAGGGCAAGCAAGAAACGGGAGCUCUUCAGCAACCUGCAGGAGUUUGCAGAUCCCUCCGGGAAGCUCUCCCUGCUGGGGGUGGGCUGUGGCACUGGAGCCAACUUCAAGUCCUACCUACCUGGGUGCAGGGUGACCUGUAUUGACCCCAACCCCAACUUUGAGAAGUUUUUGAUCAAGAGCGUUGCAGAGAACCGACACCUGCAGUUUGAGUGCUUUGUGGUAGCUGCCGGGGAGAACAUGAACCAGGUGGCCGAUGGCUCUGUGGACGUGGUGGUCUGCACCCUGGUGCUGUGCUCUGUGAAGAACCAGGAGCAGAGUCUCUGUGAGAUGUGCAGAGUGCUGAGACCGGUGAGUGAGCUGGGGAGAAGUAGCAGCAAAAGCAGCUGUGAAGGCAAUGCCUUUGGGGGCUUGCUGGCCCUUUUCAGGCUGUGCUAUCUGAAAAGCAUCUACGCAUCGGCUCUGCAGAGGCAGAAGAUGAACAGUAAAAUGCAAAGAUCUGGCGACCUUCAGAGCUGGUUCCUGUGUCCCAUAACUCAGGGCCCAGAUGGAGACACUGUGACUGUUCACUAA